AUAAAACUCUUUCUUUUAAAUAUUCUAGAAGGUUUAUUCAAUUUGCAUGGAUAUAGCAAUUUUCUUAGAUAUAGCCAGCAGGGUAGCAGAGCAACUCUUGUGAGAUCACCUGGGGGUCCCCUGGAACACAGGCUCGGCACCAGCAGGGGUCUUUGGGCCCCUCCAACCUCUUAGCACCUCAAAGGUGUAUUGGGACACCCUUAAGAACAUUGGCUGUGUUACCAAAGCUUUAACUGGAAUGUCAUAUUUGAGAGACACAUGCAUAGACUCAGAUAUGACCGGAGAACUUUAAGGAAUGAAGGUUGGCUUUAUGGAGUCAAUAAAACCCUUUGGAAAUAUUGGCCUGAUACCUUGCUUAUAGAGUUCCCAGGAGCCUUACCAGCAGCAGGCCAGGAGAGAGACGUAGACAUGCUGAAGGAGCUCCAGCUCUUCCUGUUGGGCAUCCUGCUGCUUGUCUGUGUCUUCUUCUACCAGCUCAACGUCAAGUCCAGCUGCCUCUUCUCCUGCCUUCCUCCCCAGAAGUCCCAGCAGGACCCCGGAGCCCUCCUGGGCCAUGGGCGUGGCAUCGUGUUCAUAGAGACCUCAGAGAGAAUGGAGCCAACUCCACUGGUCUCUUGUGCUGUGGAGUCUGCUGCCAAGAUUUACCCUGGGCAGCCUGUGGCAUUCUUCAUGAAGGGUCUCUACGACACCACGUGGCUACCCUCAAACUCCACUUACCCAGGCUUUUCCCUCCUCUCAGCAAUAGACAAUGUUUUCUUCUUCCCUUUGGAUAUGGAAAGGCUGUUUGAAGACACACCAUUGCUUUCAUGGUACACUCGCAUCAAUGCCAGUGUGGAGAGCAACUGGCUCCACGUCAGUUCUGAUGCGUCCCGCCUGGCCAUCAUCUGGAAGUAUGGCGGCAUCUACAUGGACACCGAUGUCAUCUCCAUCAGACCCAUCCCUGAGGAGAACUUUCUGGCUGCACAGUCUUCUCGGUACUCUAGUAAUGGGGUGUUUGGUUUCCUCCCCCACCACCCCUUCCUGUGGGACUGCAUGGAAAACUUUGUUGAACACUACAAUUCAGAAAUCUGGGGCAACCAGGGUCCCAGUUUGAUGACGAGGAUGUUGAGGCUGUGGUGCAGACUUGGAGACUUCCAGGAGGUGAGUGACCUCAGGUGUUUGAACUUGUCCUUUCUACACCCCCAAAGAUUUUACCCCAUAUCCUAUCCGGAAUGGAGGCGCUACUAUGAAGUCUGGGACAGAGACCUGAGCUUCAAUGACUCAUACGCCCUGCAUCUGUGGAACUACAUGAACAAGGAAGGGAUGACUGUGGUCAGAGGAAGCAACACGUUGGUGGAGAACCUCUGCCGUAAGCACUGUCCCAGGACUUACAGGGACCUGAUUCAAGGCCCAGAGGGCUCAGGGACUGGGACGCUGAGUGCAGGUAACAAAUAGAGGCAGCAUUGGGCUGUUGCUGCUGAGUCGUAGGACCGAACACUUCCGGGAGUGGCAGUGUUUGGUUCAUGCCCACAUUCCCCAGGGGGGUGGGGCUGACCCAUGUAUCAGUUAGGGUCAUCUCUCUCUGUAGUAGAAAAUUCCCAAAGACAUCAGUGUGUAAAAUAUAGAAGCUUUUUUCUAUCUCAUGUAAAAGAUGUCUGAAGGCUGGUGAUUCGGGGAGUGGGGGUGGGUAUUGUCACUACGAUCAUUGGGGACCUAGGUUUCUUGCAUCUUUUUGUUUAUCAUUUGCCAUCCUUAGUGUCCCAUAGCCCAUGGUCUAUAUGGUUGCUUGAUCUCCAGCCCAUUAUGUCUGCACUUUGGGUAGGAGGGAGGGGGGUACACCUCCUUUAUUUUAUGAAGACCUCCUACAAGUCCCUUAUAACACUUCCCCUUACAUCUCACUGGCCAGAGUGUAGCUGCAAGAGAGGCUGAAAAAUUCAAGGAGGAAGAGGAAAUGGGUGUUAGGAGAGACAGCUAACAGUUUUGCUACAUGUUACAUUUACUUCUGUAAGAUUAAUUUUAAGACCUUAGAGAAUUGACUGAGGAAAAAGAGACUUGAUCUCUGGUCCUGAUUUUGAUAUUCAUUAAUGCUUUCAGUCAAUGAGCAUUAACUGAGUCCCUUCGGUGUGCCAAGCACUGAUUGAGUUGCAGAAGAUAGAGUUGGAUCCAGCAGACAAUGUUCUGUCUCAGUCAGUCUGGGCAGCACUAGCCAAGUGUCACAGCCUGGGUGGCAUAUAAACAACAGAAAUUGAGUUCUCACAGCUCUGGAGGCCGGUAGUCUAAAAUUAGGGGGAGGAUCCUCUUCCGGUGGCAGAGGGCACUUUUCUUGUUGAAUUUCGUGUAGUGGAAAAGGUCAAGGGAAAUCUCUGGGGUCCUUUUUAUAGAGGAACUGAUCCCACUCAUGAGGGCUUCACCCUCAUGACCUAAUUUGCUCCCAAAGACCCCACUCCUAUCAUCAUCCCAUUGAAGGGUAGGAUUUCAACAUAUGCAUUUUGGUGGGACAGGAACUUUCAGUCCAUUGUAGGUCCUUCGUACUUAUUCUAAUGACUGGCCACAUCCCCCCUCUUAUACCCUCUUGCUUUUCCCAGGGAGUCUGCUGAUCCCUACCUUACCUUAAUUGGCUUAUAAAAGCAAAUUACAAAUUCUAAUUUUUACAAACCAUUUCCCCUUUAACAGUCACAUAAAAAUUUAUCUCCCCCCUCCAGGAUGUAUGAGAAUCAAUAUUUCUUCUAUAGAUAUUCAUCAACCAAGAUUUUCUAGCACUUUCCUUUUGGUAGUUGGCUUUAUUGGAAAAUAGUUUCUGUUUUUUCCAAAUAUAAAAAUAUGAUGAGUUUUCAAACUACAUGGCCCCCCACCCCAUCCCCUUUCACUGUGCUGUUUCCCCCUUUGGGAAUCAAUGCUCUGACAGUCUUAUUAAAAAAUACAAGUUAUGUCUCUGGCCCAGCUUUAUUUAUUUCUGGCUACUUGCUCUGGAUUCUUAGAUAUCUGACACCAUGGUCAGAUUUUGGGGCCUGCUGCUCCCCCUCACAGCUAAACUCCUGCUGGUUUUCAGCUCUCAUGAUUGUCCCCCCAGGUGAGGAUUUUCAGAGCUCACCCUUUCUGAGAGAAUAGUCACAGACAUUGGAUUUCAUUUCUGCAUCUGAAGAAUACAUGAGAAAUGGUUAUCCAACUAACAUUCCCAAAGGUUCUGAAGGGUUUAAUUAGGAAUAACUUUAAUAUUUCUUUUUCCUUUCAUUUUCUUUUUCUUUUUUUUUUUAGAGAGAUUGCGUGCACACCCCUGGGAGCAGGAUGGGGGAGGAGCAGAGGGCGAGGGAGAGGGAGAGAGAAUCUC